AGCGUGACCUCAUUUUCUUUCUCCAUUGAGACCAAGUAAACAGAGAAAGAAGAGAGAGUGAGGGAGUGAGAGAGACAGAGAGUGAGAGAAUCGUGUGCAUUCUUCUCUUCUUUUUUUGUUAUUGCUUUCCCUUUCAACAGUGGAUCCUAUUCUAUUUUCUCUUCCCCUUCUUUAAAAUUAACGUCCUCGUCUCUUCUGAUUCUACGCAGCCCCCACUUGCUGAGCCUUUUCGUUUUUUCUCUUCUGCCAAACAAAACCCAAUCAGUCAAUAACAGAGAGGGAAUAGAAAAAAAAAAUAAAAAAAUGCAAUUCAUCCUCCUUCCUUUCCUUUUUCUCACACUCUAACAAGAAAAAUCCCCCCACCUUUUUCUGGUUCUAGACGCUCUGCUUCAUUUUCUCUGAUUUUCUUUUCUGGGUUUAUCUGUUAUUUCACCGGCAAUGAGUCUACAACACCCAAGGAGUGAUCGUAACGUUUUCAAUGGGUAUCAAUAUAUUAACUUUAUGCCUCCUCCUCCUACCUCUCAACUUUCCCACUCUAACAACACUUUAGGAGAGAGAGUUUCUAGGACUUGUGAAAUGGAGUUUCAGAUUUUGAGCCUCCCACUAGAGAAUACCAAGAAACCCAAUGGUUUUCAGCCAUUAGAAAGCGUAGGAACAGAAAGAGCCGGUGAUUGGAGUGAAGGGUAUUUUGGGGUUGUUGAGAGAAAAGGGGUGCCUUUGAAAUUUGGUGAGGAAGAGGAAAGCAACAGCUCUGCUGCUGGGAAAAAUGGGCACAGCAAGCUUUGUGCCAGAGGCCAUUGGAGGCCUGCUGAAGAUGCCAAGCUCAAAGAGCUUGUAACCCAAUAUGGUCCUCAAAACUGGAACUUGAUUGCCGAGAAUCUUGAAGGAAGAUCAGGGAAAAGUUGCAGAUUAAGGUGGUUUAAUCAGCUAGAUCCAAGAAUCAACAGGAGGGCUUUCAGUGAGGAAGAAGAGGAAAGGCUCUUAGGUGCACAUAGGCUGUAUGGUAACAAAUGGGCCAUGAUUGCAAGGCUCUUCCCUGGCAGAACUGACAAUGCAGUGAAGAACCAUUGGCAUGUGAUCAUGGCUAGGAAACACAGAGAACAGUCUAGUGUUUACAGGAGGAGAAAGUCCUCUUCUUCUCAGAUGAUCCUUGCCAAGGGCUUUGACAUCACUUUCCAAAACAAUGCUUGCAGUACUGAUUCAACCUUCUCAAACACCAUUGAUGAAUCUGCUUCAACCUGCACUGAUCUCUCCCUCACUCCCUCUUCAAACAAAGCCUCCCUCAGUUUUUUCACCAACUUCGGUCAAGUUCAGCGGCAUCGACAACAACAACAAUCCUAUGGAUCACAGUUGGAUUCUUCUGGAGAUAAGGUGGUGGUGAAGAUGGGAGAUGGGGAUUUUGACAAGUUCUACAGCACUGGGAGUGGGUUCUGCAAACGUGGGCCUACAACAACAGUGGGUGGUGCGGAUCAAUCUGGUCACUCAGAUUCAAACUCAGAAGUCUCUGCAGCCGAGUCAGUUGGCACCAAUAAGACAGAUAUCUCAGUGUCAGGGGAAAAUGAAAAAAUGAGGCAAAGAAUCAACAUGCCCUUCAUUGAUUUCCUUGGAGUGAGGGCUUCAUGAAAAGAGAUGGUGGGUUUUGGCUUAAGCGCAUGGAGAGGCAGAAAACAGAGGAAAAUGGCAAAAGAGUUUGUCUGAUUCAAACAAACAAAAGUGAGCAUGCGGGAGUUACAUCAACAAUCAAUGUACAGUUUAGUUCCAGAUAAAGGAAAAAAAAAUAUAUAGGAGGGAGAGAGGGAGAGAGAGAAAGAGAGAGUUUUGAGGUUUCAAAAUAAUUAGUAAACUAUGUUUUGGAGUUAUUCUCAGCAUUUAGAAUUACAAGGGGGUUCCUCUUU